CAGGGACAUGACGGGCACGCCUGGAGCCGCUGCCGCCCGGAACGGCGAGGCCCCCGAGCGCUCCCCACCCUGCAGUCCGAGCUACGAUCUUACGGGCAAGGUGAUGCUUCUGGGAGACUCAGGCGUCGGCAAAACCUGUUUCCUGAUCCAAUUCAAAGAUGGGGCCUUCCUGUCCAGGACCUUCAUAGCCACUGUUGGCAUAGACUUCAGGAACAAGGUGGUGACCGUGGAUGGUAUGAGGGUGAAGCUUCAGAUCUGGGACACCGCAGGGCAGGAGCGGUUCCGCAGUGUCACCCACGCUUAUUACCGAGAUGCCCAGGCCUUGCUGCUGCUGUAUGACAUCACCAACAAAUCUUCCUUCGACAACAUCCGGGCCUGGCUCACUGAGAUUCACGAGUACGCCCAAAGGGAUGUGGUGAUCAUGCUCCUAGGCAACAAGGCGGAUGUGAGCGGUGAAAGGAUGAUCCGUUCAGAGGAUGGCGAGAUGCUGGCCAGGGAGUAUGGAGUUCCCUUCAUGGAGACCAGCGCCAAGACGGGCAUGAACGUGGAGUUAGCCUUUCUGGCCAUUGCCAAGGAGCUGAAGUACAGAGCCGGGCAGCAGGCUAAUGAACCCAGCUUCCAGAUCCGAGACUAUGUGGAGUCCCAGAAGAAGCGGCCCAGCUGCUGCUCUUUCUUGUGAAUCCCAAGGGGCUGAGAGGAAGCCCCAGAGACGCACAAGGAUGCGGCCUUCUCCCUCAGACCCGGUUUAUUCUAAGCGACUGAGCCAAUGAGGAGAGAGUUGGGGGACCCAGUGCACAGCCCCUCUGUACUCCUGCCCCUAUUCUAGCUCCUGUAGCUUCCCUGCAUCCCCGGAGGAGGGUAAAAUAUUUUUAUUUCAUUUUAAUGAUACAUAAGCUAAUCAACAGGGCACCAGAAAACGGAGGAAGGGAGCUGGUGCCCCUUUUGCCUUCUAGUGCUAGGACUCAGGGGCCUGGGCCUCCCGCCUAACCACGAUGAGCUCCAGCUCAGCACCAGGGGGCACUGAUGCACUUCUGGGGUGUGAGGCAGGUAGUGAGUGACCCCAUUCCCACCCUUCAGCUGGCAAGAGGCUGAGCAGACCCAGGCCUUCAUUUCCUCCGGCUCCCCAGAGAACAAUCUUCCCCAAUAAAACAGGGCCCUUGUGCCGGGAGCUAGACCAAAGCCUCCGUAAGAUAAGAGAUGUGGAGAUUGGGCAGGGACCCAGCUCCCUGGGGGGAGGGGAGGAGAGGAGUAACAGAGAUUAGGUCUCUCUGUAAGGCUACCUCUGGCCUUACUAGCCCCUCUCUGGGAGGUGCACCCCAUUUCCCCCAGCCCACAAGCACAUUAGGACACCUGGAAACAUCUGGUUCCUAUUCACUGGACCUCAGAUGCCAGGGGAGCCCCUCCUCCCUGAAUCCCUGGCCUUAUCUUUCUACCUUUCUGCCUGUGUCCCCAGACACCUACAGUUACUGAUAGGGAAAGGUUAUUCUUCUGUCCCAAUCCUUUGGCAGGUAUGCAGCCCACAGGCUACUUCUUCAAGCAGCUGUAGUGCUUCCACUGGAUAAAGAGCCAGAUAAAAAGAAAGCCCUGACUCCUGGAGUAGGUGGGAGGUAGAAGUGAGCAAACCUCACCCCAUUGUGUAAUCCCUGAACCCAAAGGCCAUCUCCUCCCCAAUCGAUCAGCCACAUCCUUUUCUUCUCAGAUGGACAUUAGGGCCCAAACUGCUUUAUCUCCCUUCGUACUGAGCCAGGUUAGGGAGUGAGAGGUCAUCCAUUUCUGGGAAAAUCAACGCAUUGUAUGCAAAACAAGGUCGUGUGGGUGAGGCUUGGGUGGGGAGACGCGCUGCGAGGAGCUUACACGGGGCCAACCAAGGUCACAUGUCUCCCA